GUUGACCUGUCCGCUGCGUUUGUCCACGUAUUUGCUGUAAAAGAUGAACCCGAAAUAGAGAUGUGCCGGAACUCGGCCGCGGCAACUGUUAAUGCAUGGAGUUACGCUCGAAAGAAGUUUAUAGAGGCUAUUGACCAGGAAAAGAAAGUGAAACACUCUCGUCUUGCUAACGAAAUUGAUUCGGAAAUCGGAUCGUUGAAAGUGCAGGGACCACUGGCAAAGAACAAAACCAUUGAAACUUGUUAUAAUCCUAUAAUCAUGAGUGGAGGCAAUUACUCUCUUAAAUGGAGUACUGAGAGCUCGGACAAGCUUCUCCACUUCGGUGUCAUUGUUACAUCCCUCGGUGCAAGACUGGAAAACUACUGUACAAAUCUAACACGAACAUUGAUGGUGGAACCAUCGAAAAAUCUCGAAGAAGCAUACGAAGGUCUUCUUGCUACUCAAGCUGCUAUAAUAGAAGCAUUGAAGCCAGGAGCAAAGUUGAGAGAUGUUUACGAUCUUGGAGUGAAAACUUUUCGCGAAAAGUGCCCUGACAUUGCUGACAAACUGCACAAGAAGGAUUUCGGAUUUGUCACCGGCAUUGAGUUCCGGGAAGGUGGUCUCACGAUAAGCCCCAAGUGUGAAGAAAAGGUAAUGAAAUCGAUACGUUUGUUCAGUGAUUUAUAUCUGUCACUUUAG